AUGGCGGCUCUCGACAAAAUAGAACACAUUGGAGAAAAACUUAACUCCAUCAUUGAUAGACUGAGUAAACUUGACUCAAUCGAAAGCACAGUAAGAAAUAUAGAAACCAAUUUGGCGAAUCUCAAGACAAGAACAGCAAAGCUCGAAGAGUUUCAAGCAAUGGCCAAGACUGACAUAGCUGAUCUAAAGAAGUCUUGCAGUUUCAAUACUGACAAAUGUAAGGAAUAUCGAGAUGAUUUAAAAAAGAAGAUUGACAAGCAGAAUGAAAGAAUUACCUCUCUGAUUGAGAGUGAGAAGAAACUCAACCACCAAAUGGACGAGAUCAUAUCCAAGAACCUUUAUCUCGAAGCUUACUCUAGGAGAGAGAAAAUUAAAUUUUUUAAUAUCCCUGAAGCACGAGAAGAAGAUACCGAAGGUCUUAGAAGUUUCAUGGAGAGAGAUCUCGGAUAUCGUAAUGGCCGCAGCAUGGAAAUCCAACGCGUACACCGUCUAUCAAACCGACGUAACAGCAACACAGCUCCACGUCCUAUAAUCGCCAGAUUUCUUCGAUAUAAAGAUGUCCAGGAAAUUUUCUCCUUGGGCCGACGUCUAGAGGGGUCCGAUUUCCAAAUGUUCCGCGAUCUUCCAUUGGAAAUCAUAAAGCGCCGGAAAGAUCAAAUGGCAGUUUUCAAACAAGCACGACGACAAGGUAUGAGAGCAUCUUUCAGCAAGAGCAAGCCCGACAAGCUGUUUAUUAACGGCAGUUUCUGGCCUCUGGGCAAGCGCCUCGAUGCAACAGAAGCAGCUGAGUAA